AUGUUAUCUCCAGCCACUUCGCUUCCACGCAUCUGGGUCGGUCUUUGGCAGCUGUCCAGCAACGCAUGGGGCAGCGCUCCUGCACAAAGAGUCCGUGAUGCUAUGACUACCCCUAUGGCAAGAGGUUUCUACGCGUUUGCGGACCACUAUGGACCUGCUGAGGAUCUUUUCGGCACUUUCGUUUCCAAUCUCCCUGCUGAUACCAAUCCCCGCCCAUUCGGCGCCACGAAGUGGUGCAUAUUCCAUCCUACCGAAAUAACCUACGAGAAGGUCGCUGCCGCUGUCAAGGAGCGUUCCGACCGGAUGCAUAAGGAUCGUGUUGAUCUUCUGCAGUUCUUCUGGCAGGACUACCAGGACAGGAGUUACAUUACUGCUUUGCAAUAUCUCGCACAGCUUCGCAAGGCGGGGAAGAUACGUAAUCUGGGGCUGUGCAACUUCGACACAAGGAGGACAGAGGAGGUCUGUGUCGAAUUGGGCCCUGGGUACAUAGUCUCCAACCAAGUCGCGUUCUCGAUCAUCGACGUUCGGCCCCUCCACGGGAUGAACGACCUGUGCGCCAGGUACGGCUUCAAGGUUUUGGCAUACGGCACCUUGUGCGGGGGGCUUCUCACCGACCGGUGGCUCGGAAAACCCGAGCCAGAGAUGUACUCAGGUCAAUUGAAUCCCUCUCAGAGAAAGUAUCUCGAUGUGAUUCUGAAGGCUUGGGGAGACUGGGCUCUCUUUCAAAGACUGCUAAGGCUCCUCCGCGAUAUCGGAGACCGCCAUGGUGGUGUGAGCAUUGCGAACGUCGCUAUUCGCUGGGUCCUUGAACACCCGUUCGUUGGCGCUGUCCUCAUAGGAGCACGACUGGGUUUGAGCGACAACACUGAUGACAACGCGAAGGUGUUCACAUUCUCGCUCACAGACGGAGACAAGGCCGACAUCGAGGCAGUAUUGAAGCUGUCUAAGAGCAGCACGAUGAUCAUGACAAUCGGCGACUGCGGCGCAGAGUAUCGUCAGAAGGGCGAGUACUGA